GGUUUGACGUCAUGUAAACAGAGCACUGUAGCAGAUGUAAGAGAGGCUCUUCUGAAGGAUAUUGGGAUUGUAGUCCUCUUCUUAAACACAGCCUGCCUUGCUGAGGGUUAACAGAUUACAGCACUACUAGUUCCGGGAAGCCACUGUGGCUGUAACGCACGCGUAGUCAUAAUUUCUUGUUUCUAAGUGGCAUUUGAUGGGGAAAAGCUAGACACUGCUGCAUGUAUGUGUAAGAUGACUGCGGAAUCAGGACAGUCGUAUUAGCUUGUUCAAUGUCUUCACUGUCGCAGUACGAUGUCAUUAUUUUAUUUCUGUCUCUGUUCAGAUAAAAGAUUGCCCAAACGCUUAGGCUUGAAGUGGGAUUGUUGGGAAAAUAGAAGGUCUGGAUCAUUUCAGUGGUUGAAAGAAAACCGAAAUAUUGAGAUUCGUAAUUUGUCUUAAUUAGGCAUAUGGCAAGUUAUGCUGUAAUCGUCCUUGGGGCAGAGACUGGAUCUUUUGUUUAUUGUAGAACCCGUCCAUGGGGUUUUUGUUCCUAGGUGGCUGAUCGGAGCCGUAGUUGCAACAUCGAGCAAGUAUGUGGCAAAGUGUUGGCUUAACCUUGCUAGUUACUGUGUCCACUUUAAUAUGUGUCUUGCUGUUUAUGGUGUGCGGCUGGUAUGUUGUUUGGCAGUUAUUCUUGUCCAAGUUCAAGUUUCUGCGUGAGCUAGUUGGAGACACUGGAUCUUUGCAGGAAGAUGUUGAACCCACGGUGACAGAAGCUGAGCCUGAGUUGUCUACAACAUCUGUAAGGAGCAGGCAGAAACUCAGCAGGCAUCGCAGAUUGACAGCUGAAGACGCUGCUGCAGGGGAGAAAAGAGACAAGACAUUAUGAGCUGACAUGUCAUUCUGAAAAUUUAUGCCUGUGUCCUGAUUUUUAUUUGUAGUCAUAAGUGAUAUAAAAACACUUGUACAAAUCUGACAAUAAAGCUAAAGUUUUAGUAUGAAUAAAUUUGUGCAUCACACUUUAGUGUGACAAUUUAAAUGAGUAACAAAGCACAGAAUGAUGACAGACUCUUUGCACUGUAAACUUCUGGGAACGUAUUGAACUCUGGCCUCUGGCAGGUCAUAGAGUAGAGCUUGUGGUCUGGUUUGGAUAUUUGCUGCUUGUAGACCUUCCUUAGUUGAACUAGUAGGUUCAUAGAUUAGAACUAGGCUAACUGCCCUUGUGGGCCAUUUUAAGCCUAGCCAAUUAUCCCUUGUGAGACUCAAACUCUACACCUUAUGUUUGUAAGGCAAACACCUUAACCAUUAGGCCACCCUCCCAACCCAAUGUUACUAACUUUUCCACCAAUAGUUGUGGUGGCAGAGUCCUAUUCCUAUUCUCAAUUCUUUUAGUUUUGAGCCAGAAAAUUACAUGUAUUUCUUUGAAUGAAUGAACUGACAUUGUUUUUCACGCUACACUAGUAAGUACACAGUAUUGCAUAUUUACUUACUUGUACAGCAUAUUCUUUUUUCCAUUGAAUACAAGUGUAUGGAAAACUGGCAUUGUCCAUUUAGAAACAUGUAAAGCUGCAUAUAUGAUGGGCCUUUCCUCCAGUUGUAGCUCUUCAUACAAAAGUACGAUUUCCAUACAGUACAUCAUUUCCACUUUUUGAGUAUGUCUGUUUACUUUAUAUUACACAAGACAGUAUGCUAGAAUAAGUUUACAUAAAUUUAAUUUCCAUUUUUUAACUUUGUGUUAAAGUGAGUGUAAUUGGCAGAAUUUUUGCUGAUACAGAAGGAAAGGAAGGAGUGAAUUUUAGGUACACUUUUCAUUUUAUUAAUUUUGUCAUGAAGAAUGCCAUUUAAUUUUGUUUUUGGUAUGCUGGUUUAUCAAGGACAUGGUACAUAUUUUUGACCCUGUCACUCAAUGUACAAUAUAUAUUGUAUGUUAAACAGUUUAGAUUGUUAUACUGUGUGGAUUAUCCAGUCAGUAGAUUAACUCAAGACACUAUCUUGUAUGUGCAUUUUUAACAUUGUACUUUUUUUCUCCUGCAAUGUUACCUUUAUAGUUUAUGUUCCUGUCGUUUUGUUACUAUACAGGGUAGCAGUUGUGGGAUUAGAAGCAACUCUGCACCCAAAGCUACUCAGUAUGGAUAUUGUUUCAGUCUACAUUUCCUUUGUGAAAGUGUUUAAACUCUGACUACAUUGUAGUGUAGCAUUUAAUUUUGUUGCAAAGGCAAUGUCUUCCAUUAACUGUACAUCCUGUAAACUCCUGUAGUUGAUGUGCAUGCUGUACUGCAGCAGUGGGAUAGAAUAUCAAAGACUUAGUAAGUUCUACAUCAGCAUGAUUAAUCCCUCCCUAACAUUGUGCUUCAACCAGAUGAUCUAUGCAGGAUUCCCUCAGAAAGGAACACUGGUUUUAACUUCGUAAGACAGGUAAAAGACAAUCUUCUCUUUCUAAGUCAUCAGAGCACAGUACCCUGGCUUCUUACCUGUAUUAAAGUAAAUGUUCAAACUUGCAUUUUAAUUCUCUGUAAAGUCAUUAAUUUUUAUUCCCUCAUACCUCUCAACUCCGUAGCACAGGAAAUCUGGACAAAGCCUAAAAUAAUUGGGGGGGGUCAAAACUAGGUACAGAUUUUAAAUAUUGCUCUUAUAAACUUAAAACAUUGCUAGAGUAACAGGAUUUGUAUUAGCGUGUAUUUUCUGAAGGAUAUGAAAUCUGAAACGCAAACAUGUAUAAUUAUUUCAUAACUUUAAUCAUCAGUGAUUUGCCUGAAAACAUUUUUUAUGAGGAACAGACCAAAAAUAUAAGGCAAAAAUCUGGGCAUUCUGUGAAAAUCUGGACAGUUGAGAAAUAUGAUUCCCUUACUUUUAUUCUUUGUUUUUUAUUCCAGCAGAGGCAGUAGAAUGUCAUUGUGUUUGCAGGCUACUGAAUGUUGAUUUUGUCACUAAGGGUUCUGGUAUUUGUAGUUAUGGAAUGCUUUUCUUGCAGCGAGCCACUGAAGCUUAGUAGUUGAAUGUAGGGCAACAAGUGGUGGUAAUUAAGUGCCUGUAAACAAAUUUUUAGGCAUCACCCUUGCUCUAUAUUAAGAUGGAAAACUCACAGUUUGAGCUAUUUCCCUUUUAAGUUGUUUCACGUUUGUGAAAUCAGCUCAUCAUCCGUCCAUGCAGACAUGUCUGAUGAGCAUGAUUACUUUAUUCACUGUAGUGUUUUCCUGUGUCAUGCUUGAUUGUGUAAACAUUUGUUGCACAUGCACAUUUUUGAUAUUUAUGGACUGCUUACACAUAUUGUCUAUGGUCAGUAGAUUUUAGCAAUAAUUCCUUGGUUCUUCAGUAAGUGGUUUAAAGUCCACACACUUUUCCUUUUAUGCAAAAAUCUGUAUUUUGUUUAAAUAACUACUGUUACUAUGAGUGUUGGCCAGUGCUAACAAGAUUAACAGGUACAACUCUAGUAACUUGGUUCUCGCUCCCAGAAAUAAUAAUGAGUUGCAGAACCAUUUUAGUUUCUGUACUGUUACACUUGGCUAGUUAUAAUGUAAUUGAAAAGGGAGUCAGAGUCAUACUACUUUUAACAUAUGGUAAACAGUUAAUUCAUUCUUUUCAUGCAUGUCGGAAUUGGGUCCUUUACAAUCUAUAGCUUGGGGAAAACAUGCAUUGUUGUCAUAACAUACAUCCCUAAGUAAUUGUUGGCUUUCUUUAACUGUACACUAAAGAAUGCGAUGUGCAUUGUUUUCAGGCAAAGAGCUAGAGUUCUUUUUUUUUGUCUGUUUUAUAGUUUUAUGUACGUAAUUAUUUGUUUCACUUUUUGCAGCCAGCAGUGUAGUGAACUAUUUAUAAGAAAUGCAAUCAGAGACUGUCAGUUCUAAGAAAAUUCAUCAGUGAAUUUAUUCAUUUUAUUUGUAAGUGCAUCAGUUGUAGCUUUGUUUUACUACUGUAGAAAUAUAGCGUAGGGCAUUUUAUGUCAGUGUUAAUAUUGUAAAGGGAAAAUACUAUGUAUUUAGCUAAAAGUCCUCAAAUGUUCAUUUUGUAUUGUUUCAAACUGUUACUGUUAAAAUAGCCCAGCAGAGGAUGCAGUGAUAAUUGUGUUAAUGGUUUUGGCUAGAAAGAAACCUGCUUAUGAGGGGUCUGAAACCAAGGCAAUGUAGAUUUAAUACGAUGCCUUAAGUGCAGGAUGCUUUAUUCAGUCAUGAUGAGUAGACAGUUAAGGCUUAGUGCCUGAUUUAUCAGAUAAUUGCACAUUUUUGAACUUUGUUUUGGUUACAAAAAGGCAGAUGUUUUUUGCUCCAUAACAAUGUUAUUGUCAGUGUUAACAACUGCCUUGUUUGUUCCUGUCUUUUCUUUUGAACUUGUGAAUUGUGUAACCUUUUAAAUAAAACUGACUGGCAAACCAA